UCCCGUGCGUUCUCGGCGAGUACGUACUCACCGAGAACGCGAGUACGUACUCGCGUACUUGGGCAUUGAUAAACGGCCCACUUUCAGAGGCUUUGUGUCUCGAAAUCUGAUUGGCUAAAACGUAGAACGCUGGUCCUACGUUGCGACGCACGCACAGUUUGGAAGUUUGGCGCGAGCUGAUAAAUGGCGAGAAGAAGACGCUAAAAACACGGAGUUUUCCUCUUUUUAAAAUUGCAUUUUAUAGCUGAAGAAUCAAAGCUCUGCGGGCACAGUGGGAGAGCUAAGUUGCUCUGUUAGGGAUGAGAUGGAGUGGUCCAACAACAGAUUGUAUAAAGGACCCCUGUCACGGGCAGCCCAGAAGGUCUUGGCUGCUCUGCGGGCCCAAAGUCUGCGUGGAGCCAGAUGCAACCAAAACUACUCCAGUCAGGCAGUGGAGACGUAUAAUUGCAGCCAGAGGGAGUCUUGGGCUGACAGCAGCUGGAGUCAGGAGGAGAGAUGCACAAAUCAGCCCCAGGUGUCUUCCCUUUCCACCUCUCACUAUAAUUCCUCCAGUGAGAGGCAGAGCGCUCAGACCUUGGCCAUCUAUCAGUACUCACAGACACCAGACAGCUCCCUGUCAUCUCAGGCUUCCUGUUCCUCCUCCUACUGGGAUUUCUCUCUCCAAAUGCAGACUGAAGCCUAUUAUCAGUACUCACAGACGUAUUCCCACAGAAAGUGCUCCGAACCCCCUGCUUACAAGUCCAGCCAGUCUCUGUCAUUUUCUCAGCAUGAGGUUCCUGAGACGCCAGCAACUUUCUGUCAUGGAGACAGAUAUACCCUCUCCUUCCAAAUACCAGAGAGGCUCUCUGAACAUGAAACUACAGCAUGGAGAAACUCAACAAAAGAAAUCAGACCACCUUUCAUCUUGAAUAUAUUUCCAGACGAUGAAGAUCCUGACAUCAUGCUUCCAACAACAGAACAAUCUAAUUCUCAUAAAGAGGAGCCUGCUGCAGUUUGUCAUCCAGUAUCGUCUUGCCUUAAAAUAUAUGUAGGGAGAGAAAGCAAGACAUCAGGUGCACAGACAGAAAAGGCUGGUAAAGAAAGCUGGCAUAUCGCCAGAAAACUACAAGACACCGGAGCUCCAGGAAGUCGAUUAAAAUGGAAGCAGCCUCUAUCUGACCCCGCUGAAGCAGCCAGUGGUGGAGCAGGAGACAGAGUUGUGCUAUACCAGCAGUCAGAAUCUGAAACAUUGGGAAGGGCAAUCAACACGGGAAGGGCACAUCUACCCCCUAGCGUCUUUAUUACAAGACAGGAGAACUGUUGUGAUGCACAUUUACCCAAGUUGAUGAGAAAUAUAGUUGGGGAGGAAGAUGACGUGCUGAUAGCAGAUACAGAACAUAUCACUGAGCUGGGAACCAGACAGAUUUCAAACAUAUGCCAUGAAAUUCAAAACGCAGUAAAUGAAGCUGCAAGGAAAGAGAGAGGAAAUCGAGAUGUGAGUGUACUUCAUGCAAAAGGAUCUGCCUAUGAAAUGGAGCGAGUUGUGCCUUUGAGAACCAUCGAAGACACCACAGUUAAAAGUCAUUUGAACUCAUUAGACAUCAGAGACAAUUUUGUUGACAGUGGCACUAAAAGAGAAACACGUGGGGAGAAUGAAGAAAAUGGUUUAGAAGAUAUAGUCAGUGCCUCUGAAGUCAAAGAAACUGAACGCCCCCCUGAUACUGAGAAUAAAGCAACAACAGUUGAACAUGAAAAUCCACAAAAGAUCUCCAUAUCUUUAGGAAGUGGACUCCAGGAUGAGAGCCACUGCAACACAGCAGAGAACGACCUCACUCAGGAGCAGUCUGAGGCCAGGAGCUUCAGCCUCCAGGACAACAGUGCUGAAAACAUAGAAAAGACAGAGGUGAUGGAGGCCAAAAUGGAAGUUACAUAUAAGAAUAAAACGAUGGCAAACACUGAUCAUCAGAUGGAGCAGGGACAGUGUGAGACACAUGAUGGAAAACUUACAGAGUUUCUCAGAAUGGACACUGAAGAGGGAAAAGGGGGAGAAGACAGAGAGGCAGAGGAAGUGCCAGCUGUGGACAGUGAUGUUGAGAAUAAAUCUGCAGGGAACUCAGAGGGAGAAAGGGGAGCUAUGCCAACAUUGUCCCAGGAGUGUGGGGCUAAUGGGUCGAGGAUUAGAGCUGCCCGUCUCAGUAGCAGCCAGCAGCAGCAUGACAAUGCAAAAAUCACUAAUGGAAGCACCAGAGGGAGGAGCUCGAGCUUGGUACUGGCCCCAACAAUCACUGUUGCGCCUGGGCAAAACCUCUUCUCAGUGCAGGAAUUGACCUCAGCUGCCUUACCAGUUGUAGCACCGAAGAAAGAGUUAGAAAAUCGAAAACUAAAAAGUUCUCCAAGUCAUCCUUGCCUGAAACUUUCCUCCCCCCUAAAGAGGAAACGUGAAGCAUUUCAGCACAAAAACACUGACCCUCCUGCCAAAAUCAGCCUAAGCAGACGCCCUCCAAAAUGGGAGCCUCCUCAAUCCUCACAAGAGAAACCAAGGGAAGGAAGAGUUAGUGAGUGGAAGAGUGCCAGAGAACCACAGGGGAAAGCAAGUCCUUCACACGAAACAAGAGCAGUGUCUGGGGCGUGUACAGAACUAGAUGCCUCAAACCAAACUCAGCAAAACGGGCAGAAUAAAAUGGAAAAACUAUCAAGUGAAUUACCAGGGAAGGCUUCCAUCCACCCCCCACUUUCCAAACCACGCAAACCCAAGCAAGCUGCAUCUGAUACCGACUCCACCACAAGUGGGCCCAAAGGUUUCCAAAAACUAGUUAAUACCAGUGAGCCGCCGACCCAAUCCAAAGCUGGCUGUCUGGCUGCAAGCUUGACAUGUGACUCUAGAGUAAAGUAUUCUGGAAAACUGAAACCAGAUGAGAAGGUGCAGAUGCUUGAGAUCGCUGGGCACGCUAAGGUGUUGGUGCUAACGAUGGUGUACCAAGAUGGAAGCACUCAGUUAGACGCAGAACAGAAGCUCACUCCACCAGUGUGUGGCCUCCUCAUACUAAUGAAGAACGAACUUGACUGCAGCAUGCCGGAGGGUGCGCUCGGCCCAAACGACACUCUGGUCUACUUAAAACUAGAACACACACCUGCAUGGGCCCAACAGCAAGUUCACCAGAGCCAGCAGCUCUUUACUAGAGAUAUGCUGCUACAGGUGCUAUCAAGAUCUCAGCUGGUGGUGUGCUAUAAAGCCAAGGAUUUGCUUCGUACAGUUCUGCAGUUUUACAGACAAGACCUCAGCUGGAAACAAGUGGCAGGCUGUCAUAUCCAGGACCCACAGGUGUCAGGGUGGCUGCUAGAUCCCACAGACCCGUCUUCCUGCUAUCAGGACCUUCUUCAUAAAUACUGCAAAAGACCCCAAACAUUACCCGCCCUGGGUGCCCAGAAAGUUUCUCAGAUAAUCUCAGGUCUCUGUUGGCUCUACAGGCUUAAUAUGAAGCUAUGCUCUGAGCUACAUAGCCAAGGGCUGUGGCAGCUCUACUCAGAUAUGGAGCUUAACAUGAUCCCUGUUCUGGCAGCCAUGGAGAGCCACCGCAUCCAUGUUGAUAAGGAGGCACUAAAGAGAACUUCAGACUUGCUGGGGACUAAAAUGAAACAACUGGAGCAGGAAGCACACCGAGCAGCUGGACAAAUAUUUCUGUUGACCAGCAACACUCAGCUACGAACAGUUCUGUUUGAGAAGCUGCAUCUUCAUGAGCGCUGCGAAAACAAGAAGCUUCCCAAGACCGUUGGCAAACAGCAGCAGUCAACAUCUGAAGCUGCAUUGUUGCAGCUUCAGGACCUGCACCCUCUGCCAAAAAUAAUCCUGGACUACAGGCAGGUUCACAAAAUCAAAUCUACUUUUAUUGAUGGGAUUUUGUCGUGCAUGAUGAGCAAGAACUACAUUUCCUCUACGUGGCACCAGACCAGUGUUGUGACUGGGAGAAUCUCUGCAAAACACCCAAACUUCCAGGCCUUGCCAAGGCAGCCACUUCAAAUCACCAAGAAGCAGUACAUCCAAGGAAAAGAAGAGGAGGUGGUGACUGUGCAUCCUCGGGCCAUGUUCAUUCCUCAGGAGGGCUGGACAUUUCUUGCUGCAGACUUUUGUCAGGUGGAGCUGCGUCUGUUGGCUCACCUGUCCUCUGACCCUGAGCUGCUUCGCAUUUUUACCAACCCGCAGGCCGACGUCUUUACCAUGCUGGCCUCUCAGUGGAAGGGGUUGAGUGAGAAAGAGGUGACAUCUGAGGACAGAGAGCAUGCCAAACGUGUUGUGUACUCUGUUGUUUAUGGAGCAGGCCGCGAGCGUCUGUCGGGUAUCUUGGGGGUGAGCAGUGAGCAGGCCAGCCAAUUCCAGGAUCGCUUCCUCCAGACCUACAGAGACGUCCAGGGCUUCAUCCAGAGAACCAUCCAGCAGAGCCACAAACAAGGUUAUGUGCUGUCUAUUAUGGGUCGCAGACGGAACCUCCCCAAUAUCAACUCCCCAGACUGGGGCAUCCGCAUGCAAGCUGAGAGGCAAGCUGUCAACUUUGUGGUCCAGGGUUCUGCUGCUGAUCUCUGUAAGAUGGCCAUGAUCAGAAUCUUUAACCUGGUCUCCUCCUCCAGCUCGCUGUCUGCCAGGCUUAUAGCUCAGCUCCAUGAUGAGCUUCUGUAUGAAGUGAAGGACUCCCAGGUGCAACAGUUUGCAGCUCUGGUAAGAAGUACCAUGGAGUCGCUACAGCACAUUGAUCAUCUGGGAGUCCAUCUUAAAGUGCCCCUGAAGGUGGCAGUCUCCAGUGGCAAGUCUUGGGGGUCCAUGUCUGAGCUUGACGUCCCUCCAAUGUUCCCCUCUCUUUGAGCGCGUCGCCUCCCUCCCUUCACCUCCUCGACGGCGACGCCUCUCUGUUGAAUCUGCUUCUUCUCACCCUCGAUGAGCUCCUUUCUUCCCCUCAUAGUCUCCUCUUCAUCUUUCUCCCUUUACUUGUCCUGCAUCCUCAUCACUAUGGAAACCAGCCAGCUGAAGCUCCCACUUACUUUCACUCCAUCCGUAUCCGGGGGCAACGGCAGGAGCCUCAGACUGGAUCGCACCAGUUUGGUGUUUUUUUUUUUCUUGCUCUCUCUCUCCAUCCUCCAGAAAAAGAUUCCUUGUCCUCUUCUUCUCCUCCUCCUCAUCUCCUCCUCUGUUUUCUCACUAUUUUCUUAGAUGUUUUUCUGGUCGUUGCCAAGGUGAACACUUCAUGUUUAAGAGAGGGCGUGAUAUUUAUCGGUUCAUAAAAUUGUUUCAUGGUUUUUUUGUAAAAAAAGAAGUAGUUAACCUUCUUUAUCUCUCAGUGGUGGUUUAUAGAAAAGACUUCCUUGUAUUUAUUGUUCUUAUGCCUUUUUUGUGUGUGUGUUAAAUAAACCUCGCAUGUUCUUGUAAAUAU